UUGAGACUCCCUCCUCACCUCUCCUGAGUCCAAGUCCUCUCUACCGACACCAUGGGCUGCUGUGGUUGUGGAAGUUGCGGCGGCUGCAGCGGCGGCUGCGGCGGGGGCUGCGGCGGCGGCUGUGGCGGGGGCUGCGGCGGCGGCUGCGGCGGCGGCUGCGGCGGCUGCGGCGGCUGCAGCAGCUGCAGGUGCUACCGGGUGGGCUGCUGCACCAGCUGCUGCCCCUGCUGCUACGGCUGCUGCGGGGGCUGCUGCAGCGUCCCCGUGGUCUGCUGCCACCGCCGCACCUGCAGCUGCAACUCGUGUGGCUGCGGCGGUGGGAAGGGCUGUUGCCAGCAGAAGGGCUGCUGCCAGCAGAAGUGCUGCUGCCACAAGCAGUGCUGCCACUGAGUGAGCUGGUCUGCAGGUGCUGCUGGGCGUCUGCUUGCUCCCACUGCUGAGACUUCAUCCAUCCAUCUGUACUGUGCUCUCUCUUUGGAACCUGGGCUUUAUGGCACUUCCCUCUGGUUCGCAUGCUCUGACUUUAAGUAUCUUUUUCCAUUUUUUAAUUUAGUCACACAUGGAUAUUUUAUUCAAAGUCAUCCAAGAAAAAUGAUGGAGGGCAUUUUGCUUACUAAGCUCAGCAAAAUGAGGUAAUGAUUCUCACUUUUUUUGUGAACUUCUUUUCUGUCUUUGCCUUGCCUUCUUGUUUUUUACCAUAAAUAUCUGUUCUUCCUGUGGCCAUAGAGUUUUUUCUAGAUGAUGUCAUUAAAAUGUCUUAAUAAAAUACAAAAAUAAAUUCUGAA